CCUCCGCGCCGGCCGCUCGCCGACUAGCCGCCUCUGUGGGCCGCGGCCGGAUCUCGCUCGCGGUCUUCUCUUGAGGGGCUCCGCGCCGCCCGGCGCACGCCGCCCCCCUGCCUCGCGGCGCGGGGUCUCGUGGGCCCCGCUCCCGCCCUCCGCUCGCCUGGCCCGGACCGGAAGCGGCGCCGCACGGCCUGGGCCUGGCGCGGGGGGCGGGCACCGGGGCCCGGUCGGACAUGGGCAAGAAGCACAAGAAGCACAAGUCUGACAAACACCUCUACGAGGAGUAUGUAGAGAAGCCCUUGAAGCUGGUCCUCAAAGUGGGAGGGAACGAAGUCACCGAGCUCUCCACGGGCAGUUCGGGGCAUGACUCAAGCCUCUUCGAAGACAAGAACGAUCAUGACAAACACAAGGACAGAAAGCGAAAAAAGAGAAAGAAAGGAGAGAAGCAGGUUCCAGGGGAAGAAAAGGGGAGAAAACGGAGACGAGUAAAGGAGGAUAAAAAGAAGCGAGAUCGGGACCGUGUGGAGAAUGAGGCAGAAAAAGACCUUCAGUGUCAGGCCCCUGUAAGAUUAGACUUGCCUCCUGAGAAGCCCCUCGCAAGCUCUUUAGCCAAACAAGAAGAAGUAGAACAGACACCCCUUCAAGAAGCUUUGAAUCAGCUAAUGAGACAAUUACAGAGAAAAGACCCAAGUGCUUUCUUUUCAUUUCCUGUGACUGAUUUUAUUGCUCCUGGCUACUCCAUGAUCAUUAAACACCCAAUGGAUUUUAGUACCAUGAAAGAAAAGAUCAAGAACAAUGAUUACCAGUCCAUAGAAGAACUAAAGGAUAACUUCAAACUAAUGUGUACUAAUGCCAUGAUUUACAACAAACCAGAGACCAUUUAUUAUAAAGCUGCAAAGAAGCUGUUACACUCAGGGAUGAAAAUUCUUAGCCAGGAGAGAAUUCAGAGCCUGAAGCAGAGCAUAGACUUCAUGGCAGACUUGCAGAAAAGUCGGAAACAGAAAGAUAGAACAGACACCUCGCAGAGUGGAGAGGACAGUGGCUGCUGGCUGAGAGAAAGGGAAGACCCUGGAGAUACUGAACCACAAGCCUUCAAAAGUCCUAAUAAGGAAACUAAAAAGAAAGACAAAGAUACACUGGAAGAUAAAUUUAAAAGCUGUAAUUUAGAAAGAGAGCAGGAGCAGAUUGACCGCAUUGUUAAGGAAUCUGGAGGAAAGCUGACCAGGCGGCUUGUUAAUAGUCAGUGUGAAUUUGAAAGAAGAAAACCAGAUGGAACGACCACACUGGGACUUCUCCAUCCUGUGGAUCCCAUUGUAGGAGAACCAGGCUACUGCCCUGUGAGACUGGGAAUGACAACUGGACGACUUCAGUCUGGAGUGAAUACUUUGCAGGGGUUCAAAGAAGAUAAAAGGAACAAAGUAACUCCAGUGUUAUACUUGAAUUAUGGACCUUACAGUUCUUAUGCACCACAUUAUGACUCCACAUUUGCAAAUAUCAGCAAGAACGAUUCUGAUUUAAUCUAUUCAACCUAUGGGGAAGACUCUGAUCUUCCCAGCAAUUUCAGCAUCCAUGAGUUUUUGGCCACAUGCCAGGAUUAUCCAUAUGUUAUGGCAGAUAGUUUACUGGAUGUUUUAACAAAAGGAGGGCAUUCUAGAACCCUGCAAGAGUUGGAGACGUCAUCACCUGAAGAUGAAGGCCAGGCUAGGACACUUGACACAGCAAAAGAAGUGGAGCAAAUUACAGAAAUUGAGACAACAGGACGUUUAGACUACAGUAAUCAGGACAGGCUCACAGCGCUGAAAGCAGUAACAAACUUUGGUGCUCCGUUUGAAGUUUUUGACUCAGAAGAAGCCGAAGUGUUCCAAAGGAAACUUGAUGAGACCACAAGAUUGCUCAGGGAGCUCCAGGAAGCCCAGAACGAGCGUCUAAGCACCAGACCCCCUCCCAAUAUGAUCUGCCUCUUGGGCCCCUCAUACAGAGAAAUGCAUCUCGCUGAACAAGUGACCAAUAAUCUUAAAGAACUUGCACAGCAAGUCACUCCAGGUGAUAUUGUAAGCAUGCAUGGAGUUCGGAAAGCAAUGGGGAUUUCCAUCCCUUCCCCUGUCGUAGGAAACAGCUUUGUAGAUUUAACAAAAGAUUUUGAAGAACCUAGAAAGAGUGAUGUUGCUGAGUGUGAACCUGAUGGGAUUUGAAGCCAGCUGGUAUUUGAUACUAUAUAUUAUGUAUAAAUUUUUUUCAUUCCUAACUUGGAAAUGCUUUCAGAAGAUAUUAAAUAUUUGUAAAUUGUUUUUUUAAUUAAACUUUGGAACAAUUUUAAUGUUCCAGAGAUUGGACUUCUAUUGAAUAAUAAAGUUGAACCUGGGACUCA